AUGGCACGGCAGCGGGACGCACUAAAAGACGCUCUGGAUAGGGCUAAACAAAAGAAAUCCAAGUCAAAGAAACACAAGGGCGGCUUGGGUAAACAUACAAGUGGUUCAGAUCAAUUAUCGGACAGUUUGAGUUCGCUAUAUCAGAUAAGCCCAGAGCUAAAACAAAAUAUGCAAAAAGUAAAAGAUCUGUCACAGGAGCGGGACAGACUUAAAGACGCUCUGGAUAGGGCUAAACAAAAGAAACCCAAAUCGAAGAAACACAAGGGCGGUUUGGGUAAACAUACAAGCGGUUCAGAUCAACAACCAAGUAGUUCAAAUCAACAACCAAGUAGUUUAAAUCAAUUAUCGGACAGUUUGAGUUCGCUAUAUCAGAUAAGCCCAGAGCUAAAACAAAAUAUGCAAAAAGUAAAAGAUCUGUCACAGGAGCGGGACAGACUUAAAGACGCUCUGGAUAGGGCUAAACAAAAGAAACCCAAAUCGAAGAAACACAAGGGCGGUUUGGGUCAAACAAAGAAAACAGCACGCCCUUCAAAGCGAAGAAAGGGAUUAAUAGGAUUUUUGAAAAUACUUGGAGGAGUAGGAAAAAGAAUAUUCAAAAAGAAAAAGUAA